AUGCAGCAGGCCGCGUCGUCGUCCGCGCCGUCCGCCGGCUUCCGCGAGGAGGUGACCGACGACGGCUGGGUUCUCCUCGGCGCCGGCGGCAGCAGCGACACGGCGGCCGGGGGCAGGCCGCUGAGGCCACCGCGGCGCGGCGGGAACAGGCCUCCAGCAGUCGGCCAGCCGCCGUUCGACUUCGACCCCGCCACGGACGACCUCGUCGGACGGUACCUGCCCGCGCGCCGCGCGCUGCGGUGCGGCGACCUGCCGCCGCAGAUCCACGACGCCGACGUCUACGGCGCGCACCCGGCGUUCCUCGCCAAGGUGCACCCGCCCGCCAACUGCGCCCGGCCCGAGUGGCUCUUCUUCGUCUGCCGCGGGCGGGGCCUCGGCGGCAAGCGGAGGGCCGGGCCCGGGGCGUACCGCCUCACCGGCGAGGCGAAGCCCAGCGGCGGGUGGUACUGCCACAGCUUCCGCUACUACGAGGACUCCGCGGAGGCCAGCGACGCGAGGGAGACCGAGUGGCGCAUGGAGGAGUACGGCGACCGCUGCCCCGGCGGCGCUGGGGCGCUCGACGUGGUCGUGUGCAAGGUGUACCCGGCGCGCGGCGGGGCGCUCGACAGGAGGCUCCGCCUCGACGGCGCGGCGCGGCGCGCGGGCGCCGACGUGAGGCCACAGGUGCUCACGCAGCUCUACCUUGCCAGCCUCAGCGCCGGGGACCCGCUUCGGUGCCGCAUGCACCGCGCCGCCGACAUGUGCGCAGCGCACCCCGCGGUGCUCACGGCCGUGCUGCCGCCGGCCAACGACCAGUUCGAGUGGUUCUUCGUGGUGCGGCGGCCGCGGACCGAGGACCACGGUGACGAUGAUGGCACAGCGCGCCCGCGGAGGGCAGGGCCUGGGCAGUACGUGCCGGCGGCGCGCUACUGGGACGUAAAGGACGGCGAAGGCCGGGAACUGGGCUACUGGCGCCUGUUCCGGUACCGGGAGGACGACGAGCAGGUGCGGCGAACGUCGCGGACCGUGUGGUCCAUGGAAGAAUACGGGUUCGGGCCGGACUUCCCGUACGGCGAGCACGGCGGCGACGAGGAGCUGGUCGUGUACAAGGUGUACCUGAGAAUGGCCAGGCAAUAGGACGCUUGAUUCGUGCUGGCG